AUGCAACAGGAUAUGUCUGAGAAGAUGCGAGAAUCCCAAGAUGAUAUGAUGGCGAAGCUAACCAAACUGUUGACUGGAGGAGGUGAUAAGGGAAAGGGUCCCAUGGCUGAUGUCGAAGAGGUGGCUGAAAAGGAAAGAAUAAAGGAGGAGUUACCAAAGCAGCUAGAGAAAAGGUGCAAAUGGCUCGAGGAGAAAUUCAGGGCGAUGGAAGUCACCGAAAGCUGUCGUGGGAUUGACGCUAAAGAGCUGAGCUUAGUUCCUGAUUUGGUAAAUAUUAUCUUACUGAUGCUGGAUAUGGCAUUCGAAAUGGAUGUAUUACCCCAUAUUGGUGUUCGAUAUCAUUUAAAAGAGUUUGCUGCUGAAGGGCCUAAAAAUGCAAAGGAACUCUUUAAUCUUCAUCAUUCAUCAUUACGAAUCACUGUUGAACGUGUUUUUAGGAUUUUGAAGAAACGAAUGGGUAAGGGCAACAAAGAAGGGACCUCCAAACAAUUUAGGUGGACAAAACCGAUGGAACAUGUUUUCCUUGAAAUUCUAGCAAAGGAGGCUCGAAAAGGAAAUAAGCCUUCUAAUACUUUCAAAGCGGUUUCUAUUAAUCGAGUUGUCGACGCCAUUUCUGAAAGAUUCCAAGUCCAAUGCGAUGCGAAGCAUGUGGAAAAUCAUUUGAGGACAGUAAAAAACCAGUGGCAGAUUAUAUGCAAAAUUCGAGGUGAAAGUGGUUUUGGAUGGGAUGAUAACAUGAAAAUGAUCACAUGUGAUAGAGCGACAUAUGAUGUAGCAGUGAUGGCACACAAGAAGUAUGAACCAUUUUUGAAUAAAAGCAUUGAUCAUUAUGAUGAAAUGGCUUUGGUUGUUGGCAAAGAUAUGGCAACAGGGAGUUUUGCCAGAACAUUUGCUGACAUAGAUUUGGAUGAUGGUAAUGAAGAUUCAAUGCCUGUAGACUGCGGCAAUGAAGAGGCUGAAGAGGUAAGAACAAAUGUAUAUUCAUCUGGCACAUCCAAACAUAAAAGAAAAAGUGUUCAAGAAAGUGUCGUUGAUGAACAAAUUAAAUUUGUGGGUGAACAACUUGGAAAAUUGCUAAUGCUUUGGAGCAAUUUACUGCUGAUAAGACAUCACAGCUUUACGAACAAAUGA